ACAGUUAAGGCCCUUGUUCAACAUGCAUACCAUCAUCUACUGUCAGGUCUGAAGCGACGACACUUCGAGAAGAGGGUGUCCAAGUUCGAUAAUCGCAGACUGGAUGAAGGCCGAAAAGUUACACCAACUCGUAAACGUAGCAGUCAGUUUGAGCGUUUUCCCCUGUCUACUGUGGAGAAGAUAAAUCGGGUGAACAACGAUCCGAAAUUUCAGACUCCCAUACGACUGCGGUGCAAAAAGAAGCCCACUUCGGCCCUGGAGUGCAGAGCUGAGCGACAUCGAGUACGCAGAUGCCUGACAAUCUAUGACCCUUUAGAGGCCGGACGGAGUGAGUAUGGUGAAAGAACCGCUCACAACCAGUUCAUUGUUAAUCACGCGAUGAAACACAGAUCUCUGGAUUUGGAGGUGAGCCCUGCUUUUGCUCUUACUCUAGAUCCCUUCUGUACAUAG